AUGUCAGCGCCAGAUGCCAAGAAGACCAAGCCCGCAGGAGGCUCAGUCAAAGCAGCAGUCAAGUCGCUUGCCGCCGGCGAUACGCUCCAGCCGGACCAGGCCAAUGCAGCCAUGCGCGAGAUAAUGAAUGGGGAGGCAACUCCUGCCCAGAUCGGCGCAUUCCUGGCGCUUCUGUCGUUGGAGAAGUGCACGCCGAGCAUUGUUCACGCCCUGGCUGAUGUGAUGCGCAGCAAUGCGUUGGCGGUGGAGGUUCCGCGAACCGCCGGGCCCAUCGUUGACAUCGUGGGCACCGGUGGGGAUGGUCAGGACACCUUUAACAUCUCAACUGCGGCCGGCUUGGUGGCAGCUGGUGCUGGGGCUCGAAUCGUCAAGCAUGGCAACCGCGCAGCCUCUUCCAAGAGUGGUGCGGCAGACAUCCUUGAGGCCUUGGGCGCAAAGCUCGAGCUGGCACCGGCUGAGGUGGCACCGGUGCUCUCAGCUGGCAGCUUCGCCUUCCUCUUUGCCAGGUCCUAUCAUCCAGCAAUGCGUCAUGUUGGACCCAUCCGGCAGGAGAUGGGGAUCCGAACUGUCUUCAACAUCUUGGGCCCCCUGACGAAUCCUGCUCGACCUGAUGGCAUGGUUUGUGGCGUCUUCACAGCAUCGCUGGGACGUUCCUUCGCAGAGGUCUUCAAGCUGCUAGGCAUGAAGCGUGCUCUGGUGGUCCACGGCUGCGAGGGCCUCGACGAGCUUUCGAUUGCGGGCGCAUCCAAGGUAUGGGAGUUGAAGGAGAGUGGUGAGAUCUCUGAGUAUGAAGUCCGUCCUGACGACUUCGGUGUCGGAGCCCAUCCGCUGUCUGAGGUCGCAGGCAGGACCCCCGAGGAGAACGCAGUGGAGAUGCGUGAGCUCCUUGCAGGAAGGGGUCGCCUGGCAGUCCGCGAGAUGGUGAUGAUGAACGCGAGUGCUGCUCUGUAUGUCGCCGGCAAGGUGUCGAGCUUCAAGGAAGGCACUGUUGCAGCCAAGGCUGCGCUGGAGAAUGGUGCUGCUGUAAAGACCCUCGAUGCUUACGUCGCUGCAUCCAAAGGCACGAGGGUAUCCAAGAUGCAUAUGGUCCGCUCUCGAAGUUCGGGUCCUGUUCUGGGGAAUAUUCGAUGCAAGCUGCCGUGUUAUAUUAACGAGGGACUUCAGAAAAUGACCAAUAAACUAGAGAACUUACAAAGGAGUGCAACAAUCAUGUGCCGCUUUUGUUGGCCGGUAUGA